AUGGCAUUAUCAUUGGUGCUGUACUCUCAAGAGCAUGGUCUGAGAAGAAUGUUUGGUCAUUUUGAGAGGCCUCCACUGUAUGUUUUACUUUCACCAGCAGUUCCUUUUCAACAAAACCCAUACAACUCUGGGGGGCGUCCCACCAUAAUUCAGUGCUAUCGCUGUGGAGAUACUUGUAAAGGCGAGGUGGUGCGUGUCCAGAACAAUCACUUCCACAUCAGAUGUUUCACAUGCCAGGUGUGUGGCUGUGACCUAGCGCAGUCUGGCUUCUUCUUUAAAAAUGGGGAAUACAUCUGCACCCAUGACUACCAGCAGCUCUAUGGCACCCGCUGUGACAGCUGCCAAGACUUCAUCACUGGAGAGGUUAUCUCAGCCUUGGGCCGGACUUACCAUCCCAAGUGCUUUGUGUGCAGCAUGUGCAGGAAGCCCUUUCCUAUUGGAGAUAAAGUGACAUUCAGUGGCAAGGAUUGUGUUUGCCAAACUUGUUCCCAUUCACUGAUUAGCAACAAGCCUAUCAAGAUUCAUGGACCAAGCCAAUGUGCAGGUUGCAAAGAGGAAAUCAAGCAAGGUCAGUCCCUCCUGGCUUUAGAAAAACAGUGGCAUGUCAGCUGCUUCAAGUGCCAAACCUGUGGAAUCAUCCUGACUGGAGAAUACAUUAGCAAGGAUGGUGUUCCAUAUUGUGAAGCGGACUAUCAUGCUCAAUUUGGUAUUAAGUGUGAGACUUGCAACCGGUAUAUUAGCGGCAGAGUCUUAGAG